UUGCAUAUAAAGCUAACAAUGUCUAUGUUUAUUAUUUAAGAGCCUAGGUACCUCCUCUCUUACGUUAAGUACGUACUGAAGAUAAUACAAAAUAUAUUCAUAUAAGGUGUGUACGUGUUUACGAACGAGACUAACGACCAGAAUCCUGCAUCAAACAAAGAACUUUUAAUUGCAAGCGCGCUGCCAUGGAGAAGUUCACUUUCACGUCUGAAAGGACGAGUUCGAAGAAGGACAAACCCACGUUCAAUGGGCCUAACUUUUACCAUGCGUACAAGGAUUCAGAAUUCUUACGUAUAGAUACUAAUAUUGAUACGUUGCUGGAACGCGGCUACGAGUUGAGACAGAAACUAAAAUCAAUCCAAGAUGGAGAAAUGCUACUCGUCGACGGAAUGAAUUUAGAACGCAACUCGCCACUGCUUAUAAAGAAAACCGGUCCAAAGACCAAAGUGGAGGAUUAUGAAUUCACUUACAACCGUCUGAUGGCUCUCACUGCUGCUUACGUUUUCGAGAAUCGGCAAAAAUUCCCUAGAAUACGGUCCAGCGAACCGCAAGGACUCGGCUUGGUAUGGGAUCAAAAUGAUUAUGACAAGUGCAAACUUUACUUGUCUGCCGUGAGUGGCACUGAGUACAUGAUACAUUGUUUCUCGUUCUGGCCUCUCAUUUGCGGACUGCGCAAAUUUCAAGUGAAAAAGCUUCCCGCGGAUCUGGUCAUAAAGAUGGGUAAUAUCAAAAACGCCAAAGGAGUUACCAUGGCAAAGGUCUUGAAAAGUAAGAUGCCCUCAGCGAAAGUCGUGUGGAUGAUGUUUCCAGAGGCUACCACAAAGGAGUUGGAAACUCUGAUCAAUGACAAACCUGAAUUUAAGUGCUUGUUCCAGGAUUGAGUGACUGUGUCAUGCAUGCACAAGUCAAAAGUUAUACAUAUGUGUUGUACAACACACCUUAUAUAUUUUCAUUAAAUCUGUUGUUAUAUCGAUAUAUAGCAUCAGCAUUAUAAUAUUAUAAUCUUGUAUCAAAUUCUUAAUAAACCUAACAUGAU